GUGAGAAAAAUGCCAGGACAUCGGCAAAGCAAAAGGCUGACGAGCAGAUGUCCCUCACGGAAAGCGGUUUAAAUAAAUCAAAUAAAAAAUAAAGCCACGAAUUAAGGCACUAAUAAUUGAAGGCUUUUCAAGCUCAGUAUAGUAUUAACGGCUGAAAGUGCACAUAUCAGCUGAGUGUCGGGGUGGCUAAUUGCGAGUUCAGCCACUUGUGUCUGUUGUUUAUCGAUUUGUGUAUAACGUUUGCUUCGAAUCUGCAACAGAGAGUCCUCAUGCCAAUCUGGAAAACAAUGCCAAGGUCCGGCAGCCAACGAGUAGUUUAACCACCAAAGGACAUAACUUUGGAUAAGGUUUUGAGGAGCAAAACAACAGCAACGGACCAUGGAUGGGGGUGGACAGGAAACCACAUAUGAACCGCUGGACGGUCGUGGCUCUGGCCGUUCGAGGAGUAGUCAUUCACCAGCUGGUUCGGGCCUGAGACAUCCGGCCAGCAUGGACAGUCCCGAGUUCGAUACGAGGGCUCCAAAGGAUCAAAGGCACUCCGUAUACCUGGCUCUAUUGGCGGCGGGCAUUGGUUUUGUUUUGCCUUACAAUAGCUUCAUCAUUGCUGCAGAUUACUGGCAGGCACGUUUUCCCGGUCGCCCCGUGGCCCUGGACAUGUCGAUGACGUACAUUUUCGUGGCAUUCGCCACUGUAUUGUUGAACAACAUUGUGCUCUCUUUGGCGCCAUUCCAGUCGCGUGUGCUCUUCGGCUACAUGGUGUCCUUCACAACCCUAAUCUUUGUGGCCGUAUGCGAGGUGGCCUGGCAUAUGUUCGCCCAGAAUACAGCGUACCUGGUGAAUAUGUCGGCGGUAGCAUUGACCGCCAUCGGUUGCACCGUGCAGCAGUCCAGCUUUUACGGCUUCGCCUCGAUGCUGCCGAAGCAGUAUACCCAGGCGGUGAUGGCCGGCGAGAGUAUUGCCGGCUUUCUGGUGUCUUCCAAUCGUGUCGUGACCAAGCUGCUCAUCAACAAUGACCGCGUCUCCACGGUCAUCUUCUUUCUGACCUCCACGCUCUACAUACUCUUCAGUUACCUGCUGCAUGUGGCCACCAUUAAUUCGCCGUUUGUGCGGUUCCAUGUGGAGGCCUGCUCCAAGAUUGUCCUGCGGCCGGAUGAGCAGGAAGUUGAUGGAGCCCCAAGUGGCACUCGGUACGGAGUGCUCUCGAUGGACGGCACUCACACCACAACCACAUCGGUGGGACAACAGGGCACCGGAAACGCUCUUAGCUUUAGUAAUCCCGUUUACGAGCUGUCUAAUCCAACGGCCGGCGAGAGCAGCAUUGAGGGCCUGGGUCAGUUACCAGAACUUCCAGCCACGCCUCCUGCACAGGAGCCCACAACGCCCACGACAGUGGCCUUUAAGGUGGAACACGUGAUUACUCCGCGCCGCUGCCGGCCAAGCAAGUUGGGUGAUAUCCGCGAGGGAUUCGUGACUCGAUGGCGGGUGGCCCAGGUCAUCUAUCCGCACAUGGUAUGCAUCGCCCUUGCCUACUGCGUGACCCUCUCCCUGUACCCGGGCAUCGAGGUGGAGGUGCAGUCGUGCGCCCUCCGCUCCUGGAUGCCAGUGCUGCUGAUGUUCUGCUUCAAUACGUCGGACGUGGUGGGAAAGAUUCUGGCCGCCAGUCCCUAUCCAUGGUCGCGUCGCCAGCUGAUCCUACUGUCCGGCUUGAGGAUUGUCCUGGUGCCGCUUCUUCUCCUCUGUUGUGCGCCACGCCAGCGUCCAGUGAUCUCCGGCGAGACGGCGCCGUUUGUCUUUACCAUUGCACUGGGUAUUACCAACGGAUUGGCCGGCAGUUUGCCCAUGAUGCUGGCUCCUGCCAAGGUACCGGGAACGCUUAAAGAGGUAACUGGAAACAUUAUGACCCUGUCGUACAAUGUGGGCCUGACGGUGGGCUCCCUAAUUGGUUACUUGUUCGAGAGCAUGCUGGGUCCACAGCUGGCGAAUCCUUGCCCCUCGUAUCCCUAUGUUCCCGCCUCGAUCCUGGAGCAGUUCCAUGGCCAUGGCCAUGGACACGGUCAUCUGCCGCAUCCGCUGCCGCUGACCAGUACGAGUACGGUGAGUCCACCGACCACAGGGGCCACCACACUGGCCCCGCUCCUGCUCAACACGACGCUGGCCAGCCUAACGCAAUCCAGCAGCUCCACCACCAGCACCGCCAGUCCUGCCCUGGCCACAGUGAUCACCACCACAGCUUUGGCGCUCUACAGCACAGUCGCAUCAAGCAGUGCCGAGAUUCUCAACGCCACCAUGACUUCGAUCUUGUCCACAAUCACCAGUUCGGUGGGUGAUAUCAGCGAUGAGAUGACCACGGAUCCCCAGACACCCGAGGCUCUGGUCGAGAAUAUCUAAAGAUCACUGAAGCACGACUCUCUUUUUGCAUAUCCUUUCUUUAUAAGCUUAACCGCAAGACUACAUUGGAUAUCAUUUAAGCAUCAUUUACAUAUUUAUUUAUUAUAAACUUCUUACAAGGAAGAGCGAGUAAACUUUUCAUUCCUUUUGAUAACGUACUACCAAUAUCAAAGGAUAAGAAAACUAUCUUUCAUGUUUCUGGAGUUCUCUUAAAAGAAUGUGUCUGCUUUAGGCCUUUUCAUUUUCCCUCGAACUCUUAAAUCUUUUCGAACAAAUCACAUUGAAAACGAGUAAAAAAUUCAAUUGAAAAUUACCCUUACUAAAAGGGUAUAGUAAGAGAAAUCCAUUUAUCUUGAAAUCCUUUCAGUAAAGUGAUCCAUUUUGCGAGUAUAUAUAUAUUUCAGCUCAAGAUAUACAAAAUGUGAACAAAGAUUCCAAAGAAAAGCAUGCGCAAAACUUCUUACUAUAGGCAAUACUACUCGUGUACGUACUUAGUUCUAUAAACUAUAUGUAUUUAUAUCCUUAAAGUGUCUAGGGUUUGGUGUGACAUCUAGGACCCGCACAUUACUAUCCGAAUAUACUCCAGACAAGUGCUAUGGUUUUCAAAUUAUAAACCUGUUGACUUAGAGUUACGUACUUAAAUCUAUGUGUGAAUCUGUGUGUGAUCGAAAAAUGUGGGGGUGGUUAUUUUUGUAAGAGUGAGAAAUAGUUGAUGGCACAGAAGAGCAGCUUUAGGAAUAUAUUGCAAUCAAAAUAAGACAUGUUAUUAAUUAGAAAAUUAAUACAAACUAUGUUUCUUUCAUAAUUGGUUUUAAUAUUGUUUUUUUUUUAAUGAUUUUUGUAUAAACUAGAGAAGAAUGUGAGUCAUUUGAGUGUGUCGUCGGGUAAUAUAAGUGUUGUAAGCAUUAAAAGCCAUCAAGUGCUGCAGCUGGCCUUAAAUUGUUCUGUUGCUAUUUAGUAAAUCAGUUUUCUUUCCCUGCGAUUGUUUUGGCUAUAUACGUAGAGAGGAAUUUGUAUCGAUAAGUAAAAAAUAUGUCAACCUGCAGAGAACAUUACAAAUAAAUGUUAAUAUAGAAGUA